GGUGGGCGGGGCCGGGCGCGAUCGGGGCGGGGGAGGUGGGGCUGGGCCGGGGCGCGAUGGAGGCCCGGCCUGUCCCAGACUUCUCCAAGCUCCAGGAGCUGCUGGCGCCGCCGUGUCCGGACCCUAAGGCGUCUCGGGCGCCCCCUCUUCAGCAGGCACCAAGGACCCCAGGAUGCCCCAGACCCAAUGGCAGGUCCUUCUGGCCUGCACGCCAGGACUCCGUCACUGCCCUGCGUUUUCUCCAAGAAACAGCAGAGGGGCUGGUCCAGCGCCCUGCCCAGGACACCCAAACCCUGGGGGCCUGCCGGGAGCUGAAGGCCUUGGAGUCUCUGGGACCUUCGCCUCUGGCAAGGGAUGCCGAGAACAUGCUGACCCCAAUCGGCCAGCAAUGCUGCAGCUCGAGGCCCCCGGAGGCUCCCCCAGCCCCCUCAGCCCUACCCCAGAGGAGGCCCCGGAAGCAGUCAAAGCCCCACCCGGGCGCUGAGAGAGUGGAUCCCCGGUUUGAGGGGGUGACCCUGAAGUUUCAAAUAAAGCCGGAUUCCAGCCUCCAGAUCCUAGCCAGCUACAGCCUGACCUGCACUAGCCGCUCCCAGGGUCCCUCCACAGGCCCUGCGGGGGGCCCUGAGGCCAACUCAGGAGGCGGCGAGGCCCUGGGGCCCCGGUGCUGUGCUUCCUGUAGGACCCAGAGGACCCCACUCUGGAGAGAUGCUGAAGACGGGACCCCUCUCUGCAAUGCGUGUGGUAUCAGGUACAAAAAAUAUGGCACCCGCUGCUCCAGCUGCUGGCUGGUGCCCAGGAAGAGCGUCCAGCCCAAGAAGUUAUGUGGCAGAUGUGGGGUGUCCCUGGGCCCCCACCAAGGCCCGGCUCAGGAAGGGGAUCCCAGGUGGAAGACCCAGGCCUCCGGCUCCAGAGCCCCUGUCUCAGGGGGCCACUGUGCCCCAUCUUGGCCCCUGGUCCAAUCCGGCUUGGCUGAGCCUCUCUUCAGAAAAUGUCCUCAGCAGUGACACUCAUAUUGUUGACAGCAGUAACAAUAAAGAACAAAACGACUCUGAGAAAAGCA